UACCACAAGACGGACCGAAAUGCCGAGCUGAUAGUUAUUAGUACGAAAUAAUACGUUUUUACCUCGUUUUUACCGUUACGAAUAAAAACGCGAAAACGCGGUGCGUUUACGCGUUCCCCCCUUUCGGUUGAUAGUGAUGCGGUCGGUUAGGGCCGCGUAGGGCAACCGAGGAGGAGCGGAGCGGCGCCCCCCUUGGACAUGCAGCAGCCGGGUGGUCCGGAGAACGGCGGCGUCGCGACGUCUCCCGCCUCAACGGGCGCCACUGGCACCGCCACCGCGAAGAGCCAUGUGAACGGCGGCAGGUUCGACUUUGACGAUGGCGGAACUUUCUGCGGAGGUUGGGAAGAGGGGAAAGCACACGGCCACGGAGUUUGCACAGGACCAAAGGGCCAAGGAGCUUAUUCCGGAUCGUGGCACUAUGGUUUCGAAGUCUCGGGGGUCUACACUUGGCCGAGUGGGAGUACAUUUGAAGGUCAAUGGCAAAACGGUAAAAGACACGGAUUAGGGGUUGAAACUAGGGGUAGAUGGAUCUAUAGGGGAGAAUGGACUCAAGGAUUUAAAGGGAGAUAUGGAGUGCGUCAAUCAAACACUUCAGCUGCGAAAUACGAGGGGACGUGGGCGAACGGUUUACAAGAUGGGUACGGCUCAGAAACAUAUGCAGAUGAAGGGACAUACCAGGGACAAUGGCUAAGAGGCAUGCGACACGGUUACGGAGUAAGAACGAGUGCCGCGUUUGGACGCGCCUCAAAGUUCAGGGCGAGCAAAGCCAUCAGAGCUUCAAUGACAUCAUUAAGAAGCAACGAGGGUGGAGGUGGCAGUGUCGAUCAAGAUAAACGCGAAAAACGCGUUGAUGAUACAAGGGGGGGAUUCGUACUGAAGAUGGACUCUUCGGAACCAUCCGCCAGAAGAAGAUCGGUUGGGUCGAGUAAUACCAAAAAAGGAAUUUUGGGUUGGAAAUUAAAGCGACAACGAAGCACUGGUGAUAUAGAAAAACGGGGUGCCGGAGCUGGUAGUAUAAGAUCCACGGCAUCUACAGCUUCUUGGACGAGUAUGGGAUCAGCCCAAUCAGGAGCAACUAACACCUCCGUCCCUUCAGAUUCAAAUGCUAGUUUUGUUGUAGAGGAUGAGAAAAUGGAUCCAAGCGUAAAAGAAACAUACAUGGGUGAGUGGAAGAACGACAAAAGAACAGGUUUCGGUGUAAGUGAAAGAUCAGACGGACUCAAAUACGAGGGGGAGUGGUACAACAACAAGAAAUACGGCUACGGUGUAACAACGUUCAGCAACGGCGAAAAAGAAGAAGGAAAAUACAAAAACAACGUCCUCAUCACGAAUCCCAAGAAAAAGCAUCUCUUUUUGAUGCGAUCGGCUAAGUUUCGAGAAAGAAUAGACGCAGCUGUUGGCGCUGCGCAAAGAGCAUCAAAAAUAGCGUUACAAAAAGCAGAUAUAGCCAUAUCGAGAACGGCCACGGCAAGAGGCAAAGCGGAACAAGCUGAUAUUGCAGCGGCUCAUGCCAGGGAAGACUCGGAAGUUGCGAUGGGUGUAGCGAAAAAAUACGCCCCCGAUUUCAAACAACCCGGGUUGGAUAGAUGGCGGGCGAAAGCCGAAAGAAAUAAGGAAAAAUACGCGGAUUUACCCGCUUAUCAAAAAGACUUCAACACGAUUAUGAAUCAAAAUCCGUCAACAACGAUAGUCCAAAACGCCAAUCCUAAUGUUAAUCCUAAUAUUAAUCCAAGUAUGAAUCCAAAUAUGAAAUCAAAUAUGAAUCAUCAAAUGAAUAAUCCAAAUUCCAUGCAAAUCCCCACAUACACGCACACAAAUCCAUCACCUAUGGGUAUUCAAGAAAAGAACUUCCAAGCACCAAGCAUCCAAUCAACGAAACCGACGAAUAAUCCCGUUAUGGGCAAUCAUAUCUCCGCGGCACCUCCACCGACGAAUAAUCCUAUUCAAAAUAUACAAAAUAACGAACCAAUCGAAACGAAUAGACCAAGAAACGAUUCUAUGCAGCUUCCGGGUGUUGCUGGGAGAAGAUUAUCGCGUCGUGUUUCUGCCGAUCGACCGUAUUUAGGAAAUACUCAACAACAAUCUUCCAUUGAUCAUUUUGAUCAUUACAAACGACCUCCAAGUAGAGAUUGUAGCGUGGAUAGAUAUUCCAGAGCAGCUGAACGAUUAGGUGGUUCUCGUCAACCUUCCAUAGACAGAACUCGCCCACCAACACCAUUAGAAAACGUCCAAAGAGGUACAACGCCGGUACCAACAUCUCUAAAUCCAAAUCAAACUUCAAACCCCACAAGAAACGGUGGUCCUUCACCACCACUUCAGAAUAAUCCAAGUAUCGGAGUUGGUAUUGGAAGUAGUAUUGGAGUUGGUCUUGGGGGUAUUGGAGGUAUAGCAACAAGGGCGGCGUCUCCUCCUCAAAUGAAUUCGCCGCCGUUUGAAGACAUCAUAUUGAAAAAACGAAGUUUGGGUCAAGAUAUAGUUCCGUCGUUGAAUCAGCCGAAAAGAACGGAAAGUCUGCACGUGCCCGCGGGAUAUGGUGGCAGUGGUGGCGGCGGUAUCGGGAACGUAGCCAAGAACUUAACCCCAACAUCCUUAUCAAGAAAAAAAUCGAUGCCAGAUUUUCAAGAAUUACCCAGAAGCACAGAACCGAUGGCCCGAGAAGAAGUCUCGAUGUUAGGUUCGGCUAGACGCGAAGAAGUUCGAAGACAAGCGGAAGAACGAGAACGACUUCGUGCGAAUCCACUUUUAUACCUCGUCAGUCCCCAAGUGAAGGAUUGGUUCUCGCGCCAACAGCUGGUGAUUGUUGUCUUAUUUGUGAAUAUCUCUCUGGCGAUUAUAUUUUACAAGAUUCUGACAUAGUACACGGAAGCGCGUCUGGUGAGACGCCGAAAUUCCGUUUUAUGAAGAAGACGAUUUUUUGAGAUAUCCAAGAAAAAGGAAAACGAAAUGAGAAAAAUGAACUUUGCGGACGCGAAGUCCCAAUUUUUAUUAAAAAUUAAAAUUUUUAAAAAAAUAUCGCGUGAUUAAUGCUAAAAAUGUGUUGUUGAAGAGAUACGAUGUGUUUUGGAGACAUUUUCGUUGUUGGAGUUUUAAAAAUUUUAUAGUAUUUAUUUGUAAUUUAUCUUAUUGAUCUGUUGAAAACGUUCAGUGUUGAUUUUGAUUCUUUUCUAGUUGAAAUCUUUUUGUAUUUCCGUUUUGAAAUAAAAAGGAAUCAAAAUUGACAUUGAAACGAGUAUGUUAUUGUGUAAAAUUAUAAAAGAAAAAGCGAUAAAGCUUUUAAUGUGAAUUAAAAAAAAAAUACAUACGUGUCAAAAUUUGAACGAUGAUUUCAAAAUUUUUCUAAAACAACGAUGAUAAUAAGUGUAAAUGCAAAAAAAAUUGAUUCUAAAGGAAUGUUGAUAACGACUAAAUGAGAUUAAAAAAAAUUGUGCGUGUUUUAGAAAAGUUUUGAGCGUCUUUUUACCUUACAUUUAUGCGUCUAUUAAAAACUUAAUUAAAUAGAGGCGUUUUUAAAAAAUUCGUUACUAUUUUUAGGUAAAUUCUAAUUAUAUUUAAAAAAACUAAAUAAUUAUAUAACGCAAAUUCCUUUUAUCGUAAUAUAUUUGCGAGAACGUUGGUGCUGUUGCGAGAAACAUGAUAUCGCCGUUUUAUUUUUUUCCUUUUUUUUUUAAAUAAAACUUCUCUGUCCGAAACGAUUGUAAACGAGAAGGAGUCGGCUACGAAGAGGAACAAAAAAGAAAUCUUCUAAACUGUGUAAUUUUGUGUGCCUUGUUAUAAGCGCGCCGAAAAUGGCGCAACAGCGGCUUAUACAUUAAAAAAAACCGCAGUAAAUAAGGGAAACAAAACGACAAAUUGAAACCGAUUGUAUUAAUGUCCACUUUGUAUAAGAAUUGCAACAAAGAAUAAAACUAUAGAAUGUUUUACGAAAUUUCUAGGUUUAUAUUUAAUUAUUACAAACAAAAAAAAUCUACCAAAUAAAAAAAAACUUAUUAUUAUAAGUAAAUAAAAUAAACAAAGAUAAAGAGAGUUAUACUGCGACUUGUCCACUACUUUAUAUUUUCGAUUUAAUAAAGAAGAAGGGCUGACUGA